AUGACAUUGAAGGGAAUGACAAAUGACAUUGAAGGAAUGACAAAUGAAAUUACAUUGAAAAAAUGGCAAAUUACAUUGAAAAAAAUGACAAAUGGCAUUGAAGGAAUGACAAAUGAAAUUACAUUGAAAAAAUUGCAAAUUACAUUGACAUUUAUUAACGCUAAUACUGCAGCGGGCGAUCCUAUGGAGGGUAUUGAGGCAACGAAACGAACGGACUUUACAAUAUUUUUACCAUUGAUAAAAAAUGUUGAAAAAUACGCGGAUAAAGUUGGAGAAUGUUAUGAAAAUGCCGAAUAUAAUAGAAGAGUUUGCAGUGUAUUACUGAAACGUGUUAAUAGCGCUGCAGGCGAAGUGAAGACUUUACGUCAACUAAAAAAUGAUCACAGUUGGUUUUUUGAAAAUAGUGAAAAUUAUUCAAUUUUUCAAGGAUUCGUUACAGUGAUCGAAAAAAUUCAAACUUUUGUUAUUGAUGUUUCACAGUUGCAAGGGGUCGGUAAAUACUUUAAUGAAUAUCGAGGCCCCGAAUUUUCGAUGCAUAGAAAAUUUUCUACUCUUAUUGGAGAAUUCGAAAGGUCCACAAAAGCACUUAACAAAGCGUUAAAGGGCCAGCUCUACUUUGGAAGUCCAAAAACAGAUCAAAACAACAAAGAUGAAGAAGCUAUAAAUUUGGACAUUCGUGAUAUGAAAAAUUAUAUUAGAAUUAUCGCUGGUGGUAUCGCAGACGGACAAAAGAUUUUAGAAGGAGUAGGAACUAUCGCUACUCUGAACAAAACUUUUCAGAGAAAAGAAAAUAUCGUUCUUUUUGAUGAAGUACUCGACGACGCAGUGCUUAAUAUCCAACACUUUCAGUAUACCGGCUUUAAAUACAAUAAAGUGUUCAAAUAUAUGAGAUACGAUGUCGAAGUCGCAUUCAAAGAAAUUGACGUUGAUAAAGAGACUCAAGAUAAUAUUAAAAAAGAAGUCACAAUCCUUAAGAAAUUAAAAGGAGCAGAGAAUAUAAUCGUGUUUCACGGAGUCAUAAUUGAGCCGAAUAAACAAACUGAGCCGAAUAGUAAAAUUAAAAUUUCUCUGGUAACCGAAUGGGCUACCGAAUCAAGUUUGAGGGAUUUCUAUCAAGAUAAAAGAUUGGAUUGGAGUCUACAAAUAAAAUUCGCUUUAGAUAUCUCUAGAGGAUUAACUUAUUUAAAAAGUGCCGAAAUUUUACAUCACGAUAUUCGCAGUCAAAAUAUUUUUAUCACAAAAGGCAAUCUACAACAACAAUAUACAGCAAAAAUCGGCAAUUUCGGUUUAAGUCGUGGUUUAAGAGAUGCUACUACAAAUAUUCGUGAAGGUGUCGAUAACGUUCGAUACAUGGCACCAGAGAAACUUAAAAAUAAUAA